AUGUCCAUGUCGAAACGGUCCGGCGACAUGCCCGUGCUGCCGCCAAUUCCCCUGGCGAGCGAGAAGCCCAGCUCACCAAAGGGACAUGGAUCCGGCGAGGAUACGCCAAAACCCCAGCAGCCCCAGCCGCAGAGCCCUACAGGCAACUAUCAGCCUCACGGCGGCCACAACAAGGUGCCUCGCCAUCGGUUUCUUACUCCAGCCGAGUGGAACAUCAUCGCAAACGGCAUUGGCGGCGUUCAGGAUGCGGAGAGUCAUAAGCCCGUCCGUCCAGGUCGAGCCUGGUUCCCCGCCGCCAACAUGCCCCAGGGCCUCUACCGGGAUGUCGUCCAAGAGCGCAACAAGUACUUCUUACUGUACCAUGCCUCGUUCAUUGCCCAGGCGGCCCUGAUGGUACUCCAGCUGCUGAUUGGCGCGUCCGUGACGUCGCUCGGAGCAAUGAACUUGCAUAGCGGCAUUCCGAUUACUGUGCUGGGCGCGGUCAAUACAGUCAUCGCCGGUCUCAUUGCCCUCCUGCACAACGGCGGCUUACCCGACCGAUUCCGCUUUGACAUGAUACAGUUUGAAGAGAUCGAAGACCACAUCAAGGAGCUUCUAGACUCGGCCAUUGUCCCGGCGAACAUGACGACGGACCAAGUUUUGGCAGAGUGCUUUGAUCGCUUCCGAGAAGCCAAGGCCGUCGUCGCCGCCAAUCUGCCAGUCAAUUACAACUCGCGUUCAACCAAAUCGGAUGGCGACCAAACCUCAUCGACGCCGCCGCCUCCUGCUCCUCCUGCCCCUCCACCCGCCUCUCCCCCGGCACCAGCCCCGCCAGGUUUGGCCAAAGCUCUCGUCUGCGGAGACGAAGCACAUGAGGCUCAACAGCCAGUGGGCAACGGCAAGGGACGUCAGCAACAAAAUUGA